AUGAGUAGCCAGAAGAUUGGGAUCGUGGGCAGUGGCCUGAUUGGAAGAGCCUGGGCCAUGCUCUUUGCAGCCGCUGGGUAUCGUGUCCAGAUGUACGACAUCCUGAAUACCCAGCUGACUACAACCCUGCAGGAGCUCGAGAAAGAGCUGCAUCGCCUAGAGGAGAAGGGCUCCCUCCGGGGAAAGAUAAAAGCUGCCGAACAGUUUGCUCUCAUCGAGGUCACCACAAAGCUAGAGGAGCUUGUUAAGGAUGCCGUGUACAUUCAGGAAUGCGUGCCCGAAGUCCUGCAACUAAAGCAGUCACUCUACACCCAGUUGGAUGAUCUCUUGGAUGACAAAACGGUGGUGGCCAGUUCCACGAGUACCUUUAUGCCUUCUCGCUACAGCGAGGGUCUCAAGAGGAAAGAACAGAUGCUGGUGGCCCAUCCUCUGAAUCCUCCCUAUUACAUACCCUUGGUGGAGAUCGUGCCCGCUCCCUGGACGUCCAAGGAGGCUGUGGAUCGGACCAAAGCCCUGAUGCUCAACAUUGGCCAACGUCCUGUAACGCUAAACAGGGAGAUCGAGGGCUUUGCCACCAACCGGAUUCAGUACGCGAUCCUCAACGAGGUCUGGCGCUUGGUAGGCUCGGGAAUACUCACCGUGGCAGAUGUGGAUCGAGUGCUGAGCCAGGGACUGGGACUUCGUUAUGGCCUACUGGGAUCCCUAGAAACAGCUCAUUUGAAUGCUCCCGGAGGUGUGGCUGAUUACUUUCAGCGCUUCGGCGGAGAAAUCUCAGCUGUGAGUGCCACUUACGGAGCGACGCCCAAUACUCGGGAGGAUGCUGUGACCCUUGCGGAGAUUGCCAGGCAGUGCGAAGAGCAGGUUCCCAUCGAGACGUUGGGGGAGAGGAGAGCCGUCCGCGACGAAUUCCUUACCCAGCUGGCCAAACUAAAGAAGCAGUUUGAAUAGGAAAUUAAUUGCUGGAUUUUGUGUUCUGCCCUCUGAAUAAAGUGAGAAUCAAGUAAA